AUGGAAAACCUGGAAGCCAUCGACAAGCUUCCAGAUGGCCUCCGCCAUCUGAGAAUCCGUACUGAUGACGAAAUGGAAAAGUACAAAAUUCCAUGCGAGACCGUUCCUCGCCCGGCCUUCAACACCACAGGAAAGGAGAUCGAGGUCACUUUGAACGCCUAUCCGAUCCUCAAGUUUCCAAGUAGGAAGAUUUUCCAGUACGAUGUCCAGAUUGGCAACGGCGCCGAGAAGAAUGUCGUGAUCAAGAAGGUCUGGGAUUCCAGUGCUAGGAAGGCCGCCCUCAGGGGCAUCAUUUUCGAUGGCCAGAAACUGGCUUGGACCUUGAAUGAUUACAAGGAUGGCGUGAACAUCAUGGUCGAUUUGGACGCUGAGCAAGGCCGUCCCAAGGGUGCUAAGGCCAAUGUUUUCCGUCUGCUUGUACGACCCACCAAAGCUGUCGAUCUUUCGGCCUUGAACCUUUGGCUCCAGGGACGCACCGAUAUGUCGGAGAAUGUCCUGCAAGCUUUGAACUUCCUUGAUCACGUCCUCCGCGAACAUCCAUCUACCAAGUACGUGGCAAUCAAACGCUCGUUCUUCGACCCUGAAGGCGCCUGCCAGGAUUUGGGCCAAUGUGUAUACGCCUUCAAGGGUGUGUAUCAGGCUAUUCGUCCUGCUUUGGGCCGUGGACUUAUCGUGAACAUCGACGUCUCCAACACUUGUUUCUGGUCUCGCUGUGGUGUGAUGCAGUUGGCAAUUGCCGUACUGGAUGCCAGAGAUAUUCAAGAGGUUGUGCACAAAUGUGCGCCUAUUUCAGAUAAGCAUGGCGGUACGACCGAGUCUCCACAUUUCUUUGAGGUUCAUCGCAAGGUGAGAAAGCUUGUAGUGCAAGCCCACUACAGAGGUUGUCCCUGCACUGGGGUCAACUUCACCAUCAAGGGCCUGGUCAACGGCAAUGCCCGCCAGUACAUGCUUGACAUUAAGGACAAGGCCACCGGAAAGGUCGAGCGCAUGAGUGUCGAGCAGUACUUCAAGAAGAGGUACAAUAUUUUCCUCGAUUACCCUGAGCUGCCUAUGGUGGAAAUGACCAAGAAAGGUGUUGUUUACCCCAUGGAGCUCCUCACAAUUCAUGGCUUUACCCGCUAUCCUUGGAAGUUAAACGAGUAUCAGACCUCCGCGAUGAUCAGGUAUUGUGCUUCUCGCCCAGCUGAGAGACUUAACUCGAUUCUGGGUAACAAAAAGAUGAUGGACCACUCCAACGACCCUGUCCUGCGUGCUUUCGGACUCCAGGUCGAUAACAACAUGAUCCGGGGCAAAGCUCGUCUUCUCCCAAGCCCCGACAUUCAAUUCGGUGGUAACCAACGCCACAACCCUGGAACAAACGGCCGCUGGGACCUUCGUGGCAAGAAAUUCUACCAGCCAAACCGACGCGCCCUCGAGGCCUGGGGUGUGGGAUAUUUUGUGGGCAAGCGUGGUGCUGCCAACAAAGCUCAGGUUGAAGCCUUCUGUGACGGUCUCAUGAAAGCCUAUGCGGGACAUGGCGGACAAGUGGCGCGGCGGCCAGUCGUUGUCGAGCUCAAGGAAGAUAUUGGUGAAGCGAUCAAAAAGCUCUAUGACACGGUCAUGGCUAAGUGCGGCAAGCAGAUUCCUCAGCUUCUUAUGGUUGUUGUCCCCAACAAGGACUCCUUUGCUUACCACCGGAUCAAGAAGUCAUGCGACUGCCGCUUUGGUAUUCCUUCUCAGUGUGUGCUUGCAUCCCACGUCAUGAAGGGGAACCCACAGUACUAUUCCAACGUCCUGAUGAAGGUCAAUGCCAAACUUGGUGGCACCACAGCACGUGUGGUCUCUAAGACGCCGGGCGCAACUCUCCGACCCAACUCCAUGAUUAUCGGAGCAGAUGUCACGCACUCCCCAAUGGGCGUUUGGUCACCCUCCAUGGCCGCUGUCUCUGUUUGCAUGGACAACUUCGGUGGUCGUUACUUCGGUGCUUGCGAGGCUAAUGGAGAUCGUGUUGAGAUUAUCAACCGUGCCAAUCUUGAGAUCAUGCUUACUCCUCUGAUCCGUGAAUGGAUGUCUACCGUUGGACAGGGGCGUGCCCCGGAGCAUGUCUAUUACUUCCGCGACGGCGUCUCGACCGGCCAGUUUGAACAGGUCCUUAAGUCGGAGGUGUUCGAUAUGAAGGCCAUCUUUAUGAAGCUUACCCAGGAUAGAUGGGCCGGCAAAUUCACUGUUGUUAUUGCGAACAAACGGCACCAUCUGCGGGCUUUCCCCAGACCCGGUGACCGCAAUGCUGCGGAUAAGAACGGCAACCCACUGCCCGGUACUUUGAUUGAAAAGGAUGUGACUAGUCCUCAUGAUUGGGACUUCCUGCUCUACUCGCAUAUUGCGCUUCAGGGUACCUCUCGUCCUGUGCAUUACCAUGUGAUCUUGGAUCAGAUUGGACAUAAGUCUCAUGAACUCGAGAAUUUGAUUUACGACCACUGUUAUCAGUACAUGCGGUCUACUACAUCUGUUUCACUGCAUCCGGCGGUUUAUUAUGCGCAUUUGAUCGCAGCUCGUGCGAGGAACCACGAGGAUGUGUCUUCGAGUUCGGGCCCGCAGAGUGGACCAACGGUCAAACUUACCAACCCGAAGCCUGAGAAGCGUCCUGCCGAUCCAAGACUGCUUCCCAUGGUCGGUAACUCGAACAGACUUCCUUUCACCAUGUGGUACAUUUGAGACUGCGAUGCAAUCUGGGGAUGAUUUGACACGGUGCGGUGAGAUGGUUUUUAAUGGCAUUGAGGGCGGAGAGUUGGAGAGUCGGAAGAAAGGGGUUUC